AUGGCAAGAUUCUCCAAUUUCUUCCAUGAGAGCUCGAAAAUUGAUAAUAUGGAAACCAUUUUGAAAAACUGUGAGAACAUUCUUCACUAUUCAUUCGAAUGGAAGUCUCAAGAUUUAUGUCUCAAAGACCCUCACUUAAGCCUCUACAAACUUAAUGAAUUAUUCAUGAAUAGAAAAGAGAAAAAUCUUAUUCAUCAUAAUGCAGUUGAGUUGAGGGUGAGAAUGUUGAACAAACAACCGAUGAAUGGGAUGCUUGAACAAACUCUCAUCAGAAGAUUCAUGAAACUCAUUUUACUUUAA